GUUCCAGACCGGGUUGGAACAAAAAACUUUUUGCUGCACCCUUACCGCUACUCACCUCUUUCUCUACAUACUUAUUAUCACUUGUUAUUCCCACUGCCUCGCCCAUUGCGACCUCACUAAACUCAUAUUUUGAUACCCACUACUUCCCCACCCACCCGUUGUUUUCCCAAUGCUUCAAGUACCAGUGCGGGAACAUACCAACGUGGCCUCCACCAAGGCUAUCAUCUUGGUCGGUGGUCCGUCCAGAGGAACCCGUUUCAGGCCUCUGUCCCUUGAUGUGCCUAAGCCUCUUUUCGAAGUUGCCGGACACCCUAUUAUCUACCACGGCCUUAAAGCGCUCGCGAAGAUUUCCGAUAUCCGGGAUGUGUUCCUAGUUGGCUAUUAUGACGAAACGGUCUUCCGCGACUUUAUCAAGGACUCCGCCAAGGAGUUCCCUCAUUUCCGCAUUCAGUACUUGCGCGAAUACACAUCUCUAGGCACCGCUGGCGGUCUCUAUCACUUCCGUGAUGCCAUUCUCAAGGGCAAGCCAGAGCGCAUCUUCGUGCUCAACGCCGACGUCUGUUGCUCUUUCCCGCUGGGGGAAAUGUUGAGGCUGUUUGAGGAGAAGGAUGCCGAGGCUGUCAUUCUUGGAACCAGGGUGGGCAACGAUGCCGCCACCAACUUUGGAUGCAUAGUUUCCGAUUCGCAUACCAAGCGAGUGCUCCACUAUGUUGAGAAGCCCGAAUCGCAUAUCUCCAACCUUAUCAACUGUGGUGUAUAUCUCUUCGCUACCGAGUGUAUUUUCCCGUCCAUUCGCAGUGCCAUCAAACGCCGCACUACCAGACCCCGUCUAGUAUCCUACCCGUCAUCUGAGAACCUAGAGUCGUCCUUCGUUGCCGCUGAUGAGGACUCGGAAAAGAGCGAAGUCCUUCGCCUGGAGCAGGACAUCCUGUCCGACCUUGCAGACAGCAACCGCUUUUUCGUUCACGAAACAAAGGACUUCUGGCGCCAAAUCAAGACUGCCGGUUCAGCUGUCCCCGCCAACGCUCUGUACCUUCAGAAGGCCUUCCAAGCCCAAUCUGACGAACUUACCCCUCCCUCCGCGACCAUUGUUCCUCCAGUCUACAUUCACCCCUCCGCAUCCGUGGACCCCACGGCGAAGCUGGGGCCCAAUGUCUCGAUUGGCCCCCGUGUAGUUGUAGGUGCAGGCGCCCGUGUCAAGGAUUCAAUUGUGCUCGAAGAUGCAGAGAUCAAACAUGACGCUUGCGUCAUGCACUCGAUCAUCGGAUGGAGCAGUCGGGUAGGUGCCUGGGCUCGUGUCGAAGGCACCCCUAUUGCGAAUGGAACCCACUCCACCAGCAUCGUGAAGCACGGCAUCAAAGUGCAGAGCAUCACAAUCUUGGGUAAGGAGUGUGCCGUUGGCGACGAAGUGCGAGUGCAAAACUGUGUAUGUCUGCCAUACAAGGAACUCAAGCGUGACGUCGCUAACGAGGUCAUCAUGUAAACAUAUUUUAAUCUUAACGUUGGAUUGGCUACUGAAUAUCAGUUCCCAUACUGUUCUUUCCCUUCUAUAUCCUGAAUUUAAUACAAUUUAUUAUCAUCUCCCUCCAGCCAUUGCUAUUUACACCUCCGGCAAAAUAUGGGCGUGGUCUUGGCCUUCUCGGCAUUAAUCAUGUCCCUGUGAGCAAUUCUGGUUAAGUAUAUAGUUACUUCUCUCCAAGAUACAAUAUUUGGUGAAAGGAUCCUGAA